AAAGUGGAGCUCCACUCUGCAGUUAGACGUGCGUCGCUGCGCGUGUAAUCUCCAUAGCAACGGAAGUGUACACAACUUGCGCUCGUGAGAGGGAUCGGCGCUGUGAGCCGGGUGCACAUCUUGCGUUACCGCUAGGAUGCCGCAUACACAAGCCGAGAGUGUGAUCAAGAACAUUAUAAGGGAAAUCGCCCAAGAAUGUGCCGCAAAGGGCAACACGGUGUCAGAGACCAUGGUGGCAUUUGUGGUUAAAGCUAUAGUUUUAGACCCCAGAAAUGGAUUUAACGUUGAUCGAACUCUGACAAAGGAUGAUGUACAGAAGCUUAUCAAGCUUUGCGUGGAUAGACUACUUGACACAAAGAGCCCUUCCCUGGAAACUAUAAAGAUGCAAGUGUAUUUUGACAUGAAUUAUACAACAAGAGGUGAAUUUCUUGAUGAACAUCAUCGUGUCCUGGAGUCAAGGUUGGCAACAGUGAGCAGGGAGAUCACUGACAGUCGAGCGCGCACAGCUGAGGAGCUAGAGAGCCUUUACCGCAAGAUCGUCAGCUAUGUUCUACUGAGAUCUGGUCUUGGAUCUCCUACUGAUAUCAGGGUUGUUAGAGAAGCUACAGCUGCCCUUCAGAGUGUCUUCCCACACACAGAACUUGGUACCUUCCUAUCCCUUGUUAAAAAAGACAAAGAACGGCAGCUGAAAGAGCUCACCAUGAUUGUAACCGGGAUCCGAUUGUUUAACAAAGAUUGUGGAAAAGGUGGAGAGGGUAUUGAUGACUUGCCAACUAUUCUGAAAGAGGCCAUACCCGCCACCACAAAGCAUAUUGAUUCAGAGCUUCAGUCAUCUCGGGAUAUGAUCUAUAAGUACACUGCUCUCAUUGAACAAAUGGAUGGUAAACGACAGAAAGGCAAUGUGCUCAACCUAAUCCAGCUGAAAGAAGCGCUCUUCAAUGUCAGACAGCAUGAGGCUCUUUUAAAUAUUAUUCUGUCGGAUGUCAUCACAUGCGCUCAACAACUGGAAGUUAUGGAUAAACAGUAUGGAGCUCAGAUGGAACAACUAAAAGCUACCGUUCAGUCAAAGACUGCAAUCCCUACUGCACAGGUCUAUCCACUUUUUAUCUCAUUGUCUAAGCUGUGGAACAGCUUCCAAGAUGAAAUUGUGCUGUUAAGUGUCCUUAGUAAUAUGACGGCAAAUCUGCAACCAUUUCUGAGUCUCCAUGAAGAGCUUUUCCCUGAACACGUCAUCCAGCCACUUCUCAGCGAUUUAACAGUAAAAUCUGAUGAAGACAGAAUUAAAGAAAGUGCAGGAAUGCAAGUAAAUCCCUCAGAUUUUCGUACUCAAGAAUGGUAUUUUCCAGAAACUACCGCAAAUUAUGAUCGACUCCCGAUUCAGUAUCAUGGAUUUUGUGGUUUCACUAUUGCUACAAGAGAUGGGCUUCUCUUACCUGGGGACCCUGGCAUUGGCAUACUAAAGCACAGAGAAAGAUACUACAUCUUCAGCUGUAAGGAAGCUGCGUAUAUGUUCGCUCAGGAUCCAGAUCACUAUAUCAACUUAAUUGGAGAAAAAGCCAAACAGUGUGCAGAGCUGAUCCAGUUAUUAGAGCUACACCAGCAGUUUUCAUCCAUCACACCCUAUUCACAGGCUGAAGCUUCUGAAAAACUACUUAUGAAACCAAUCACUAAAUGCAAUAGCAGCACACAAACCGAUACUCACAUUCUGGAAACCAACAUUGUGAAGUCGUAUGAGUGGAACGAAUGGGAACUACGGAGAAAAGCAAUAAAACUGACAAAUCUACGAAAGAAAGUAACUCAUUCUAUGCAAACACAUGGCAGCCACAUGAGACGGGAAAAUUUCAGUCAAGUGUAUCUACCCAAACAAGUGGGCACACAAACAAAACGGGAUGGUGCCAGCAAUGUGCCUAAACCUCAGAUCUUCCUGUCAGGGCUUCGAGGUUGUGGGUUAUCACAACCUACAAACAUGGUUAAAGUGAAUCUGACAAGAGAUGUGGAGGAAUCGUAAAUGUUAUCCAGUAUACAUUUUCUAGUUAGACACAUCAUCUUGAGCCUUCAAAGAGGCACAAGUGCUAAAAUAUUGUAAAUUAUUAUCAAGAAUACCUGAGAUUGUUGUCUGAUUUACAUAAUGUCUGAUGUUGUCUGCUUCAGUGAUAUAAAGACU